AGAACACCGGCUGUCUUGAGAUGUUGGUUCCAGCAGGCACAACCGACCGCACCUCAUCCCGGCGCACCGCAGAGCGAGGCCGUCGCAGAAAGCGCGCCCAACGGCCAGCAUGCCGGGGAAGAGGGGCCGUCGAGGGUCACCCGGUCGCCGCUCGCGCACCGCCCGAGCCGAGCUGUCCUUCUCGGUGAGCCACAUGGAGCGCCUCCUGCGGGAGGGCCACUACGUGCAGCGCCUGAGCUCGUCCGCACCCGUCUACCCAGUGGCCGUCAUCCAGUACCGGACGGCCAGGGUCCUGGAGCUGGCGGGCCAUGAGGCCCAGAACAGCGGCAGGAGGCGCCUCACGCCGGAGCUGGUGGACGUGGCGGCCCGCAGCAACGCGCUGCUCAGCGACUUCUUCACGACUAGCACCAUCUCCCAGGUGGCCCCGGCCCAGCACCAGCUGCCCAACGACGCCUGGGUCCCCGGCCCCCGGCGGGGGGUGCCGGGGGCGCGGCCUUCAGCCAGUCCCCGCCGGGCCUCCCCGCUUGCUAGUUUGCACAUCACCAGGGGGACGAGAGCUCCAGGCGGCCGAGCCGGCGCGGUCGCGCGGUGGGCCGGAGCCAGACGCAGGGCCCGCCGCCGUCGCCCAGCACGUGCGCCCACUUGCGUCAGCGCGCCCGGAAGUGCCUAA